GGGCACAGGUGGGUGGCACUGCUGGGCACAGGUAGGUGGCACUUCUGGGCACAGGUGGGUGCACUGCUGGGCACAGGUGGGUGCACUGCUGGGCACAGGUGGGUGAUCUGCUGGGCACAGGUGGGCGGAGCUAGUGGGCGCACUGCAGGGCACAGGAGGGCGGAACUUGUGGGUGGCACUGCUGGGCACCGAUCAUCAGGGCACUGAUCAUCAGUGCCCUGAUGAUCGGUGCCGAUCCCCGCUCUGACAACUGCCGGUUCUCGGCAGUACUUUCCUCACGAUCUGACAGCGUGAGGAAAGUGCAGCCGAGAACCGGCACUUGCAU